GAAUAACUAAUCAGUAUUCAAUAUAUAGUUCACAAACACUAUAACACGCGUUUAUCUCGUUUUAUUGAGUCUUAAACACUACAUUCUGGCGACGAGGAUACACAAUUGGAGUUAGUAAACACGUUUAGUCAAUCUACAACGUCAAAACAUCGAAUUUCAAAGCGCAAAUUCGUAUAAAAACAAGAUUUUCGUGUGACCACGAGGAAGCCAUUUCGCGCCAUUUUCACAACAACAAUAUAUUUCGAUAUAUUUUUCGUAUAAAGUCGUUCGCCGUUUUCUACAUCUAUCCAUGGCAGCUACUAGUUUCUCCUUGCCGACAUUCCCGCCAUUCGAUGUCCAUGCCGAUGGAAAUACCGGUCAUCGCUGGAAAAAAUGGCUAGGCCGCUUUGAACGGUUGCUUGUGGCGAUGAAUAUUACCGACAAAAAACAACAACGUGCGAUGCUAUUACAUUUCGCAGGACCGGCUGUUGACGAAAUUUUUGACACCCUUUCAGACACUGGCGAAGCAAAAGACUACGACAAAGCGAUAGAAGCACUCAAUGCCUAUUUUAUUCCGCACGUAAACACGGCGUUUGAAGAAUAUAAUUUCCGCCAAGCGAAGCAAAACCAAAGCGAAACCCUAGAUGCCUUUCAUACACGUUUACGUCAGCUAUCGCAAAAUUGCUCGUUUACAGAUGUCGAUAAAGAGAUAAAGAACCAAAUAAUCGUUGGUUGCUCAUCACAGAAACUUCGAAGAAAGGCUCUACGUGAAGACCCGACCUUAAAGAACCUUUUAGACGCGGGGAGAGCCGAAGAAACGAGUCAAAUACAAGCGCAAUUCGUGGAGAAACAAGAGUCAAGUCAAAAUAUCAACGCCAUUAAGACGGGCGCUCUCGAGAAACAUAACCCCUCGCCUCGCGACAUGAGAAAACCACAAAAUCAACGUCACGGCUCAAAUUAUCAAAGAAAUUUCAACAAACCCCACACAUCAACUUGCCGCAACUGUGGUGGUAUCUACCCCCAUGCCCGAGAUUGUCCAGCCAAAGGAAAAGAAUGCCAUUCCUGUAAAAAAACUGGCCAUUUUGCAAAGGUAUGCCGAUCGACCCCUAAACACAAACCUCACGAACACCGGAACAGAGUCAACAACCUUUCUGAACAACCGAGCACUAGCCCUCAUGAUGUCGACCCUGAUUACAUUUUCACUUUGAAAAACAAUUCGAACAGCAAAACCCAACCCCCCAAAUGCCAAGUGUUGGUUAAAGAGCACCUUAUUGAUGUCAUUAUUGAUUCUGGAGCUUCGGUAAACAUCAUCGACGAGUCCACAUACAAGCAGCUCAACCAAAGUAACACCCUACCUCUCAAGCAGCCUGAGUCCAACAUCUUCCCCUACGGUACAAGUGUCCAGAUACCCAUUCUUGGAAUGGUCAUGGCUACAAUUCAGUUCCAGUCCACAACUUUGGAUGCCAAUUUCUAUGUUGCCAAGGGAACCGGUGGAAAUCUCUUAGGUUGCCAAACAGCCGAACAGUUAGGAAUUUUAAAGAUAACCAUUAACACAGCAGUUAGCUCUUACAACGCUCGCAUUGAAGAUGAGUUCCCGAAUUUGUUCGGUGGUAUUGGGAAGAUAAAGAACACCCAAGUCCAGUUACAUAUCGACACCGACGUUACACCCAAACAGCAAAAACAUCGUCGCAUUCCAUUCCACAUCCGAAAGGACGUUGAAAAGGAACUCCAGCGUUUAGAAGACCUUGAUAUCAUUGAGCAAGUUGAUGGUCCGACACCAUGGGUCAGCCCAAUCGUUGUGGUACCCAAGAAAACUGGAGAGAUCCGAUUAUGUGUGGACAUGCGUGAAGCGAAUAAAGCAGUGCAAAGAGAAAAACACCCCAUGCCAACUGUCGACGAGUUAAUCACAGACCUCAAUGGUGCCACAGUGUUUAGCACCCUAGAUCUUGCCUCAGGUUACCACCAACUGGAGUUACACCCUGAAUCCCGCCAUAUCACAACCUUUACCACUCACGUUGGACUUCGACGUUACAAGCGACUAAUGUUCGGCAUUAACGCAGCCUCGGAGAUAUUUCAGAAUGCAAUUGCAAACCUACUGGUUGGAUUACCUGGUUGUAAGAAUAUUUCGGACGACAUCAUCGUCUAUGGUCGAGAUGACAAAGAACAUGAUGAGAACUUACGAGGCGUGUUAAACCGCUUACAAGACAACAACGCCAAAUUAAACGGUGAGAAAUGUUCCUUCCGUCAGCACCAAGUAGUAUUCUUUGGGCACACAUUCAGCGCAAGUGGAGUUCAGGCAGACCCAAAGAAGAUCGACAUCAUCCGGAAUAUGCAACCUCCAAGAAAUGUCAGCGAAGUCAAGUCCCUUCUCGGAAUGACCCAGUACGUAUCUCGGUUUAUUCCCAACUAUGCCUCCAUCACAACACCCUUGCGUACCCUGACCCACCAGAACGCCAAAUGGCAAUGGCAAGCGGAACAAGAGAAUGCUCUGAAAAAACUUCAACACGAGCUUACGAAUGAUCCUGUUAUGGCUUACUUCGACCCUUCGAAACCAACCACCGUCAUUGUGGAUGCCAGCCCCUCGGGUUUAGGAGCACUGCUUACUCAAGAAGGCAGAGUUAUCAGUUAUGCAAGUCGUGCACUUUCCAGUGUAGAAUCCCGCUAUUCACAAACUGAACGCGAGAUGUUAGCCGUUAUAUGGGCUAUCGAACACUAUCAUCUUUACCUGUAUGGCGCUAAGUUUAUUGUCAUCACCGACCACAAGCCGCUACUCGGAAUCUUCAAAAGUCAGAAACCGACUUCAGCGAGAAUCGACCGCUGGAAACUAAGACUGAUGCCCUAUGAUUGCGAAGUUGUUUACAAACCAGGGAAAGAUGCAGAAAACCCUGCCGACUUUCUCAGCCGUCACCCCAACCCUGUUGUUUCUUCGCCCACCGACAACACCACCGAAGCCUAUAUCAACUAUUUGUGCAUCAACCUCAUCCCCAAAGCUAUGAAACUCGACGAAGUGAAGAAAGAAACUGCUAACGACCCAGUCCUUUGCAAGCUUUCUGAAGCAAUCACACACAACCGAUGGCUCGAUCCUGAAGUGAAACCGUUCGUUAACGUAAAGGACGAACUGUCUGUCUGCAAUGGAUUAAUCGUCAGAAACCACCGCCUGGUGCUACCUCAUUCACUGCAGAGCCAAGCCAUAGAUCUUGCACACGUAGGCCACCAAGGCAUAGUCAAAACGAAAAUGCUACUUCGUGAAAAGGUCUGGUUCCCCUCCAUAGAUAAGAUGGUGGAACAGAAAGUCAAGACGUGCCUGCCGUGCCAAGCAGCAACCACAGGUACCCAUCGACAUCCAGAACCCUUGAUCAUGACACCGCUGCCCGACGCACCAUGGCAAGAGGUUGCUGUCGACUUUGUUGGUCCGUUCCCAUCAGGCGAGCUGCUACUCGUUGUCAUCGACGAAUUUAGCCGAUUCCCCGAAGUAGAAAUUGUCACCACUACGAGCGCAAAAGCUGUCAUCCCAAAGCUGGAUAACAUAUUUUCCCGCCAAGGUGUUCCUGUUGUUCUUAAAAGUGAUAAUGGUCCGCCAUUUAACAGCUCGGAAUUUGAACAAUUUGCCAGUUACCUUGGUUUCGAACAUCGCAAAGUCACUCCGUAUUGGCCAAAGGCGAAUGGAGAAGUGGAACGGUUUAUGCGCACCAUUGAAAAAGCCAUACGUACAGCACACAUCGAAAAGAAGAACUGGAAACAAGCCUUGUAUCAAUUUCUCCGCCAGUACAGAGCCACACCGCACAGCACGACGAAUGUGUCACCAUCCGAGGCCCUGAACAAUCGAAAGUUGAAGAUACCACUUCCGAGUAUUCCAAAAACUCAGCAACAAGAAACCCAAGAUCCAAUGCGAAAACGAGAUCAAGAAAAGAAAGAAAAGAUGAAGAAAUACUCAGAUCAUCGACAACACUCGAGAACAACUGAUCUGAAGAUAGGAGACACAGUCCUGAUCCGCCAACCAAAGAAGAACAAGCUUACCCCACCAUUUAACCCCAAACCAUUCACUGUUGAAGCUCGGAAAGGAACUAUGGUUACCGUCAAACGUGGUUCGAAGAAGAUAACACGCAACAUAUCCUUUUUCAAAAAGAUUGAUAAUCGUGUAACGGAUAGUUCAGAUGACGAAGAUGAUGAUGACGAUUUUGAUUGCGACCGAACCAACGAAGACCAACUGAAUCAAGAACCUGUUCAUUUACGAAGAUCCCAGCGAGAAAGAAGACAACCAAAUAGACUUGGAUUUUGAACAUUGAACUAUCAAUGACUAUAGACACAUAUUGCAUGUUAACAGUUGAAAUUUGUUUCAGUUUAAAUUCCUAUUGUCGUUUCGGGCAGAGGAGACAUUUUGAAUAACAUAUAACGUGAAGAACAGAGAGCCUAUACUAAUGUGGGGAGGGAUGUAAUAUAGCUAAUUAAUAUGCUAAUAACUAAUCCAAAUAGGAAUAACUAAUCAGUAUUCAAUAUAUAGUUCACAAACACUAUAACACGCGUU